AUGAAUAUCGGACGCAUAGCUUCCAGACGGCUGGAUCGCCUAGAUUCGAACUGGUUAGAAGCAAGUCGCAGUAUGAUGAGCACAUACAACACAUCAGAGGUAAUUUUCUUUGGAAGAGAUCGUCCAUUAACUCUAUGCAAUUGCGUACAUGGGAUAUAG